AUGCUCUCUCAAGACUCCAAAAUCAUCAUUGUCGGCGGUGGUGUAUUCGGGCUGAGCACAUCGCUCUGGCUCGCCCGCGCGGGCUACAAGAACAUCACAAUCUAUGAUCGCUGUGCAUUUGACAAGAGCUUUUACAACCCAUUAAACGGCUGCGAUGGUGCUUCGGCCGAUAUCAACAAGGUAUUUCGCAUGGCGUAUGCGGAUCAGGUCGAAUAUCAACAGCUUGCCAUUGAGGCAAGAGACAUCUGGCAGGCAUGGACCGAUAAGAUCAUGGCGAGUUCGCCAUCCGAGCUCCCUGAUGGACUUACUCCAGAGGAUAAACUGCUACAUGUCUGCGGAAGUUAUUUCCUUGGUGAAGGGACGGUACUUCGGGACUACUACAGAGAUAGUCUGGUGACAAUGGAGAAGACGGCGCCUGAGUUUCGCAAAAUGCAGUUCCUCAAGGACAACGGCGAGGAAGAAGCACGACUGAGGAAGAUUAGCGAAAAGUGGGUGGAAAAAUACCACGCCAUUGAUGGUAUUAACAAUGGCAACACCAAUGGCUUUAUUGACAUUCAGGCGGGAAUUACCAUUGCAGACAAGGCCUGUGUCUACACCAGGUUCCUUUGCGAACAAGCCGGCGUCAAUUUCGUCCUUGGAGACCCCCAGGGCAAGCUGUCUAGCCUCAUUGUUGAAGACAAGGGUGUGCAGAAGAGAGUCAAGGGCAUCAAGACCUACGACGGCCUCUCUCACUUCGGCGACCUGGUCAUUGUAGCUGCUGGCAGCUGGACUGCAUCAAUUAUUCCUGAGGCCCAUCACACAGUUGAGGCGACAGCCGGCACAGUCAUGUUCAUUGAUAUCCCCAAGGAGAGACAGGACUUGUGGAAGAAGUUCCAUCCUGACAACUAUCCCGUAUGGUCCUAUCGCAAGGGUGAUGGAGAUAACUACUAUCAAGGAGGUGGCUUUCCAAUCUCGAAAGAAGGCCGACUUAAGUUUGGUUUUCGUGGGCGCAAGGCAGCUUCUCGCAUUUCUACCCCGCGAACCAAGUAUAGCAAACAGCCGAUUGACACCGUUCCACUAUAUGGCCUCUCGCGCAUGAAGGAGGUUAUUGCGCAGGGAUUCCCCGAGUUGGUGGAAUUUGGAUUUACAGACAGUCGGUUAUGCUGGUAUACAGACAGCCCAGACAAUAACUAUGUCGUCGACUACGUACCUAACUAUUCAGAUUCCCUCUUCAUUUGUACGGGGGGCUCUGGCCAUGCCUUCAAGUUCCUACCGAUUCUAGGCAAGCAUAUCAAGAAUCAGCUAGAGCGAGUUCCAGAUCAGUUCACUGCAGCAUGGAAGUGGCGCGUCGCAGAGGAAGGAAAACCAAACAACGGGCUACUUGAAGGCGAAGAAGGUCCUAGAGAGAUGUCCAGGGUUGAGAUGGCCGACCGUGAGUUUUUCAUUUGUCUUUUACAUUGCUCGGCUGAUCGACUGUAG